GAGAGAGAGAGGGCGGGGGAAGCGGAGGUACAGAGGAUUCUGAUGUUCUCUGUUGCACACAACCGCACUGCUCGCCCUGACUGCACUAUCCAUGCUGCUGUAUGCUAGACUGUCUGCAUGAGACGGAGUCAGCGUACUGUUUAGCCUAUCGACGAAUUUCUCGUCUCCACUCUACACGCGUCCCCGACUCAUUUCUUUUUGCCGCAUCCUUAUAGUUUCUCUUCAAAACCUUCGAUCGACUGAAGUGUUUUUCCAAGGAAAGAGACCGUUGAAACUGUCAGUAUAAGCGGCUAGAAGAGAAGAGAAGUGACUUGUCUGCAGAAGAACUCUCCGCGCUGCACGUUCUCAAGAUGAGCGAGCUCAGAUCCACUGGGAAUCCCAACAGCAGCCAGACGCCAGCAUCGGACAACAAAGAGAAGGCGGUUGACUCCAAGCCCCCGGCGACCGGGGAGGAGGAAGAGGAAGUGGACAUUGACCUGGAAGCGCCGGAGACGGAGAAAGCAGCGCUCGCCAUCCAGAACCAGUUCAGACGCUUCCAGAAGAAGAAGAAGUAGAGCAACAGAAGGAGAACCAAGAAAGAAAGACAAAAAAAUAGAACAAAAAAAGAAAGACCUUCCGCAGAACAGAGAAAGAGUGAUUGAAAGGAUGGGUGGUGAGAGGGUGAAGGAGAA